AUGGAGGCACAUGACUCUGCUCAAAAUGAUGAAAACGAUGAUGACGAUGAAGAAAUCGAUGAGACAGGCUACAAAACAGUCAAAGAUGCUGUCUUGUUUGCCAUUGAAGUUAGUCAUUCAAUGUUGAAGAUUCCAUCUUCAUCCGGGUUGAAAAAAGGCGACAACAGUUCCCCUCUAUCAGCAGCCUUGAAGUGUGCAUACUACUUAAUGCAGCAACGCAUCAUUUCAAAUCCUAAAGACUUGAUGGGCAUCUUGCUGUAUGGAACCGAAGCUUCCAAAUUCCCCGAUGAGGAUGAGAAUUUUGGAGGCGGUUGGUCCUUCCCCCAUUGUUACCUACUCACUGAUCUCGAUGUUCCGGAAGCCGAAGAUGUGAAGGAGCUGAAACGGUUGACUGAGUCCGAAUCUCCCGAAGCUGAAGAUAUCUUCAAACCAGCUAAAGAAUCGGUUUCGAUGCAUACUGUUCUGUUCUGCGCAAACCAGAUCUUCCAGCAGAAAGCUGCCAAUUUCACCUCGCGCCGACUCUUUAUUGUUACUGACAAUGACGAUCCGCAUUCUCAAAACGAAAGAUCACGUUCUCAGGCGACUGUGAGGGCCAAAGACCUCUAUGACUUGGGCGUGGUGAUUGAGUUGUUCCCGAUUACCACUGUUGACCACAAAUUUGACACCAAAAUCUUCUACGAUGAUAUUGUGUAUAAGUACUCCCCCGCCGAUCCCGAAGCCAUUGCAUACAAUCCUGCGUCAGUUGUUGACGUUGAUGGUUCGAAGCUCAUUUCUGGAUCAGCAGAUGGUAUUACUCUUUUACAAUCGCUCCUCACCACCAUCGCAUCAAAAGUGACCCCCAAACGUGCUUUAUUCUCUUCUGUUCCUCUUGAGCUCAGCCCAGCGCUCAAGAUCUCCGUCAAGGGUUUUUUACUGUACAAACACCAGAAACCGGCUCGGAGUAGCUAUAUCUACCUUGGCUCAGAACGACCACAAAUAGUAAAAGGACAUACACAGCAAUUCGACGAGGUUGGCAAAGGAGUCCAAAAAGUUGAAAUUCGAAGAGCAUACACAUUUGCAGGGGAGAAAAUUACCUUUUCUGACGAGGAAGCGAAAGAACUUCGAAAUUUUGGGGAUCCUGUCGUCCGAAUUAUAGGAUUCAAGCCAAUGGCCAGGUUACCAUUCUGGGCUAACAUCAAGAAUUCGACAUUCCUCUAUCCGUCGGAGGAAGAUUAUAUUGGAAGCACGCGCGUGUACAGUGCUCUACAUCGCAAACUGCAGAAGGACAAAUUGUUUGGUUUGACCUGGUUUGUUCCUCGGAAAAACGCAACUCCCGUCAUGGCAGCACUGGUCCCGACGUUAUCUGCAGUUGCUAUGGAUGGUAAGACAAAUCCAGCGGCAGUAUCUGCAACGGGGGCUCCCCAAGGCCUGCAUCUCAUUCCUCUCCCAUUCGCAGAUGACAUCCGCCAGAAUCCUCCCUCCAGCCAUAAGACUCCUCUUCAGGCCCCUGAUGAGCUGGUGGAUGCUAUGCGACCCAUUGUUCAACAAUUAAACCUACCGAAAGGACUCUACGACCCAUCUAAAUACCCCAAUCCCAGCUUACAGUGGCAUUACCGCAUCCUACAGGCAUUGGCACUUGAUGAAGAGCUUCCAGAAAAGCCAGAGGACAAAACAAUUCCGAAGUACAAACAAAUCGACAAGAGGGUGGGGAACGAGGCUAUUGAAUGGGGGUCUAUCUUAGAACGAGUUUUCAAAGAGCGUCAAGCGGAAUAUCCAGAUACUGCGCAGACUGGUUCAAAGCGGCCAACAGCUCCUCACCCGGAAGCGGCCCCUACAGCAUCGAAUAAGAAAGUGAAGACUGAGAAUGCGCAUGGCAUCAGCGAAGCAGAGGUUAGAUCACUGUGGGCAAAAGGGCAACUGGGAACUUUGACCGUGGCCCUGCUCAAAGAAUUUGCAACCGCAAAGAGAAUUCCUGUGGCAGGGAAGAAGGCAGCCAUUGUUGAAACGAUUGAGGGUUGGUUGGAAUCCAAGUAG